AUGGGGGUAUCUGUGGGGGUGAAGGGGCGAAGUGAAUUUCAAUUUGACAAUGCAAACAUUGUAGAUGCUUUGAAUCAGGAAUUUCGUGUGAUCCAUUUAUUGUAUCACAGGAACAAAAACCAACAUCGGGUUAGUGUAUGGUGGAAGCAGUUCAAUAUGUUUAAGAGGAGUGUGGCACAGGUUCUAGAGGUUUUAAGCAAACGUGAAAAAACGCAGUAUGACUGGCUGAAAUUAGAUUCGCUUGUUGGUAAGUUUUUGAGGCGGCAGCAGCGUAGGGCAUAUUAUGAGUUUAACAAUGUGGUAGCCUUAGGACAGUUUGUGACGCUGGGGGUGGUGUUGCUUGGAUCGUUGGCCAAAGUUUGUUCGAUUUACAGGGAGCUUGUUAAAGUCAAUGGUCAUUGUGUGACUAGUUUUCGCUGCGCUAAUGGAAUACAUGAUAAGGAGAUGGGGAUGCAACCGGUAAUAGAUGAAGAGCUUGGUGAGGAAAUACCAGAGGAUUCCUUCUCUUCAUUACGUGAAGUAGUAAGGAUACCGCCAGCGAAUAUGUCUAGUAUUUCCAAAUCGGAAGUUCAAAGUGGUGGUGGGCUGACCACCAAGACCACCACUAAAAAGAGAACGAAACGCAGUGGCAAGUCGGCAAUCGAUGACAUUUUUGGCUAA